ACUUUUUGACCUUCAUCAGGAUCAAUGACUAUGCCAACUACGAACAGCGUCAGGAGUUAAUGAGGAGUUUCAACAGAGACAAGCGGAUAUUCUGCGCCAUCCUCUCGACUCACAGCUGCUCGGCGGGCGUCAGCCUCGUGGAGGCGGACACCGUGGUGUUCUACGACAGCGACCUGAACCCCGUGGUGGACGCGAAGGCCCAGGAAUGGUGCGAUAGGAUUGGGAGGUGCAAGGACGUCCACGUGUACAGGAGCACUUGAUUAGACUCCAGAAGCAGGAACUGCAGCCCCCGCAGCAGCAGAGCCCCAGCUCACCGCGGUCACGUCCCCGCAGCCCCACCACGUGGCCAACCUGCAGGUGGCCCAGCUCACUCGAGUCGCCUGCCAGCUGCAAGGCCCGGGACAGAUGUCGGUGCCCGCACCGCAGACGGCCCAGGCUGCUCUGGCCAAGCCCCCGGUGGUCUCCGUCCCGGCCGCCGUGGUGUCUUCAGCCGCGGUCACGGCACUUCCCGUCAGCAUGGCGGGGACUAGCGUCGAGAUAGGGCAGCCACAGAAAGCCACAGGAGGACAGACCGCGGUCGUGCAGCGGCUCCUAAAACUCAAACACCAGCAGCAGCAGAAAGCGGCGCCGCUCCAGGCCGCCCCGGGCCCCAACGCGCAGAAGGUAAAUACCCGGCAAGUCGCUACUCGGACCCAGCAGCAGACCAGCCCACAACGAAAAGUGAGGUGCAUGCCUCAGCCCAGCACGAAGACCCCGUGUGUGACGGCCCCCGUGUCUCAGGCUCCCAAGGCCCCGGUGACCCAGCAAGUGCAGGGCCAGAUGCAGGUGGCCAAGACCCCUCCGGCGGCUCAGAAGCAAACACCUGCAGAGAACCUUCAGCAGGUAGCAGCCACUGCCCAGCAGGUCCAGGCACAGCCGCAAGGGACGUGUCAGACCAGCUGGCCAAUAGCAAGCUCAGGCGCUUCCUGCAGCCCUGGUGGCUCUGCACAAGUUACUGCACAUUUCCUCCUGCCCUCGUGGUACCUGUUCUCAUGUUGGCUCAGCCUGCACCUGGGAGGUGACAUCACAGAACAAAACCUCCUCACAGUGGUCAAGGCUCCCGACGUGUGUUUUCCACCGUAUUUGCAAUGAAAACUUCUCCUUCCCGGGCAUCUCCCGAGGCCUGAGCUGACUUCCAGGCUGCGUCCGUGCGCUCAGAAGCCCU